AGAGUUUGGCCUUUGGAAGUGUACUUCCUCCUUAAAGAAGCUAUGUGCUCCGUGAAUUAGGUUUUAACAACUCUCUUAUUUGCUUGUCUCUUCACAGGCUUACAGAUUCUCCCAGCUUCCUGAAAUGGUCAUGGGCAGUCCCCCGCCCCCUGUUCCUCCCCGGACAGGCCCUGUGGCAGUGGCUUCCCUCAGGCGGUCCACCUCAGACAUCGGCAGCAAGACCCGGAUGGCGGAGUCCACAGGACCUGAGCCCACACAGUUGCAUGACAGUGCCUCCUUUGCCCAGGUGUCCAGAGGUCCUGUGUCCGUGACGCAGCUGGAUCAGUCGGCGUUAAAUUACUCAGGUAACACGGUGCCAGCGGUGUUUGCCAUCCCAGCUGCCAACAGACCCGGCUUCACCGGCUACUUCAUCCCAACUCCACCCUCAUCCUACAGGAGCCAGGCCUGGAUGUCCUAUGCAGGAGAGAGUGAGCUCCCUAGCCAAUGGGCUGAUUCGGUGAGACCCUUGUGAUGCUCUCAUAAAACGCCCCUUGUUAGGCACAGCUUGGGGAGAUAAUGAGAUGAAAGGCAAAGAUCAGCGUCUGGUUCCCUCGGGGCCCCUCUCACCACGCUGGUGGAUGAAGUGAGGAUCUUAAA